AUGGGCAUCCGCGGGCCCCUCGAGGAACCGCAGAGGGCCGGGGCCGGGGCGCCCCGCCUGGCGUCCGAGGGGGGCUCCGCAGCCCGCGGGGCUUCCCGCUCUGCGCGGGCGAUGGACCGGGGCUGCCAGACGGCGCGGGAGCUGCCCGAGCGCCUGGGGCCCGACCCGAGGAGCCGGGGCGAGCCGCAGAAGCCGCUGCUGAGCAGCCUGCCGGCCGCGCAGACCCUGGCCCGCGUGCUCCGGCCUUGCUACGGCCCGCACGGCCGGCAGAAGCUGCUGGUGACCGCCAAGGGCGAGACGGUCUUCACCCGCCACGCCACCGCCAUCCUCCGCGCCCUGGAGCUGGAGCACCCGGCCGCCCGGCUGCUGCGCGACGCGGCCCAGGCCCAGGCCGAGCACUGCGGCGACGGCACGGCGGGGCUGGUGCUGCUGGCCUGCGCGCUGCUGGAGCAGGCCGAGCACCUGCUGCAGGCCGGCCUGCCCCGCGCGCAGCUCCGGGAGGCCUACGCCGCCGUCGUCGCCGAGACGCUGGCGCUGCUGCCGGCCCUGGUCUGCCACUCGCUCGGGUCUCUGGAGGACCCCUUCUGGGUGCUCUACGCGGCGAUGAACACCCACGCGCUGGCCCAGCCCCAGCACCUGGCCAAGCUGGUGGCCCACGCCUGCUGGGCCACCCGGGAGCUGGACGGCCGCUUCCAGCCCGAGCGCGUGGCCCUGUGCGUCCUGCCCGGGGGGCGCCCCGAAGACUCGUGCCUGCUCCCCGGGCUGGCGGUGAGCGGGCAGCCCCGCGGGCUGGUGAACAUGGUCGUAGGUGGGGCCAGGGUGGCACUCUUCGCCUGCACCUUCGGGCCCGCGCAGACCCAGGCGCAGGCCACGGCGAGGCUCUCCAGCCCCGAGGAGCUGCAGGCCUUCAGGAGAGGAAGCGAGCAGCUGAUUGAAAAGCAAGUGGGCGAACUGGUCUCUGCCUCCAUUAACGUGGCUGUGGUGUGGGGGCAGAUCGACGAGAAGACCCUCGCCCAGGCCAACAAGCGCGGCAUCAUGGUGGUGGAGGCCAAGUCCCGGAAGGAGAUGGCCUACCUGAGCCAGGUGCUGGAGACGCCGCUGCUGCCCUACAUGCUUCCUCCAGGGGCGCCCGGCCAGUGCCAGCGGGUGUACGGGCAGGGCCUGGGGGAAGACCUGGUGGUGGUGUUCGAGUGGGAGUCUCGGAGCACGCCUGCCCUCACCUUGGUCCUCAGAGGGACCACCAGGGACGGGCUGCGGGGCGCGGAGCUGGCGGCCUACCAGGGCAUCGACGUCUACACCCAGCUGUGUCAGGACACCCGGCUGCUCCCGGGGGCCGGGGCCACAGAGAUGGCUCUGGCUAGGAUGCUCUCAGAUAAAGGAACCAAACUGGCAGGGCCCGAGGGUCCAGCAUUCCUGGCGUUCGCCCGAGCCCUGCGGACUCUUCCAGAAAUCCUGGCCGAGAACGCGGGCUUAGCCACCUCGGAAGUGAUGGCAGAGAUAAGCGGGGCGCAUCAAGCUGGGCACUACCUAGCAGGAGUGGGAGCCGAGGGGCUGAUCAACGUGGCCCAGCUACAGCUGUGGGACACCCUAAUCACCAAAGAUCAAGGGCUGCGCAUGGCAGCCGCUGUGGUCAUCCAGCUGGUGACCAUAGACGACAUUGUGGUGGCCAAGAGAAGCCCCGCCCUUCAGCAGAACCUGAAUCCGGAGCCAAAGAAAGCAAAGAAAGGCUCCUCUGUGGGGAAAAACAUCUUGGGAAGGCAUAAGCAGCAACAUCCUCAAUAAAAUGGGAGCUGCCCGGGAGGGCACAGCCCCCACCCCGAAAUGCGUGUCUGCCUUGCAUAUUGCCUCCACCUCUAAUUCUCUUAGAUAAAAGCAGCACCAAGGGCCAUAGAGAAAAGUCCUGUGUGCUGACUUACUUGCCUGCAGAAGCUCGGCGUCUGCGGGUUCCCGAUCCCUCCAUCAGACGCUGUUCCUUUCCUGCGUGAGAACAGGGUUCAAUUCUAUUGAAGACCUUUAAAUUGAGCAGCUGCUCUUUUGAGAUGGAAAAAAAAAAAAAAGUCCAGGAAUCUCUUCCCAACGAUUUGAGUAUUCCCUGCACGAUAGACUAAUAUAUGAGAAUCUCUGUC